CCGCGUUCAUUGACUCUCGCGAGAACUGCUGCCGGCUUCAGGCGGUGCCUCGUGUUAGCUCGCUCUUUUCUGGCGGGCCGGCCAUCUUGGCGGUGCGUCUGCGUUACCACCCGACCCCGGGCGAGGCAGCAACAUGGUGGCCGCGAAGAAGACGAAAAAGUCCCUGGAGUCCAUCAACUCCAGGCUUCAGCUGGUUAUGAAAAGUGGCAAAUAUGUGCUUGGGUACAAACAGACCCUGAAAAUGAUUCGUCAGGGCAAAGCCAAGUUGGUCAUCCUCGCCAACAACUGUCCUGCUUUGAGAAAAUCAGAGAUUGAGUACUACGCUAUGCUUGCCAAGACCGGCGUCCAUCAUUAUAGUGGGAACAACAUUGAGUUGGGCACAGCAUGUGGAAAAUACUACAGAGUGUGCACACUGGCCAUCAUUGACCCAGGUGACUCUGACAUCAUUAGAAGCAUGCCAGAACAAACCAGUGAGAAGUAAAUGCUAUAAAGGUGUUAUUUCUACAAUAAAACUGGUUACAGUUUUCUUUAAAGAAAAA